AUGCUCGGUGGGGAACAAUUUGUCGCUGCCUGGCUUGGAUGCAUUCGAUGCCACUACGUGCUGUGGACGAAGGGUGUCCGACACAACGAUCCUAGCUUGGCUAAUCUGAUGCUUCGGCGUACGAACGACAGAUACUACGGGGUGAUGAACGACUGGGACCUCGCCACUGUGGUUGGCGAGUCUCCAGAUACCAAGCGGGGCGUACUGACAGGCACAGUGCCGUUCAUGGCGCAGGAUGAGCUCUUCAAACUCGCGGUGAAGCAGAGCGACACGCGCAUCUACCGGUAUGACCUCGAAGCCUUUGUGUGGAUCCUCCUCUGGGUCUGUGUCCGGUACCAGGACACCCGCCUGCUCCUGAAUCCGGAGCUUAGCCACUGGAAGUCGUUCGACUUCGGCGGCAUCGCAAGCUCGAAGCAGGCCUACAUCGACCAUGAAUGGCGCGAGCGCCACGCUGUGCGCCCGACCAAGUCAUGGGAGAACGAG